AUGAUUUCAAUAUGUUCCCGUGCCCUCGCCGCGCUCAUUCGCGUUCCUACUUUCGGAACCCCGAAAACCCACCCUAUCCUUGUCAAAUAUAAAUACGUUGAUCAAGUGCCCGGGAUGAUUCGACGGUUUACUCGAUCCACCUCCCCGAAGCAAUCCAAGGUCGCCUGGAUACUUAUAUCCGAGUUUAAAAAGGCUAAUAUCGGCGUAUCUGAAGCCGGUCGGAGGGUGAUCGAGUCAGCCUAUGCCUCGGCACCAGAAAAUACUCUACAAGACUCGGAAGAUCUGCUCGAGCACUGGACGAAAGAUAAACAAGUUGGAUUACCUCCCAGUGAUAGCAUUUGGUGCAUCGAUCAUAAUUGGAGAUGCGGCGAGAUUCGUUCAAUGGUCCAGGACUAUAAGACAUUCAAAAUCUGGGAAGCCAUGUACGCUCGGUCGGAGGUAUUCAAAAGGCUUAUUGACGAAGAUGAAGAAAUACUAAAGAUAGAUGAGUGGGAAGACAUAAGAAGAGACCGUAUACAGCAUCAAUAUCUAUGGAAUUUACUAGAUGGCAUGUUUUCCGAUGGGAUAUUUGUCAGACAGGACUUCGCCUCAGCAGAUCCAAAGCGUACAAAAUCUCGAGGUUGCGUCGUACCGGUUACGCCCCGCAGAAUUGUAAUGAAGGAACCAGCUAUGCAAUGGGACGACGCUGGACAUACUUUUGCGCAUAACGAGUCCCUGGAAGAGGACGACAUUGUAGCAGAGGAUGAAAUACGUACGCCAGGAUACCCAUGGUCGUCAGCUCUAGACUACGAUAGAUUACUAUCGGAAUACCAACCUCCCAACCGAUGGCCCGUGCACGGCUUCAGCCACGAGACUGUAGGAAGCACACCAUUGAGCCUCCAUGGGCAUGACGCUUGGGACUAG